AGUCCCAAAAUUUAAAAUGGCGUGAACAUGUGUUCGCGAGUUUGAUGGUGCUACCCUUUUGUCGGUUUUUUGAUAUAACGUUAGAGUUAAAUAAUUUAUUAAGACAACGCGGGGAAGAAAUAUAAACCGAUCACCAUGGCUGCUUGUGGCGAUUAUAUCAGGACUGAAUUUCCCUCUAUAGAUGACGAUUUGUAUAAGUAUGUCGAAGGCAUUCUUGACAGUUCUCGAGAUGACUUUGAGGAUGGAGACGAGGUUUACGAAGCUAUUGGUGAGGUUUUGCACGAGGUAGCUGAUAAGCCUGAGAAAGAGGUUAGGAAAAUAUGCAGGAGACUAUUGGCAAUGUUGAAAGGGACUCCAGAUGGGGAAUUACAUGUUGGAAAUGACAAACGUAACAAUGGCGUGAACAAAGUAUUAAAUGCUCCGGUUAAUUUAGGAGCAAUGGCUGCAACCCUUGAGGAUCAAGUUGAAGAUAUCAAAAGUAUUUGGGUUACAACCAGGGAUGACGGAUCGAAAGUGGAUGCUAAAAAGUUGGAAAAGGCAGAAGCAAAACUGCAACAAAAACUUGAGAAACGAGUUGGUGGUGAUUCAGGAUCGGUAAAUCGAAAUGUCAACGCGACAGUUGCGUUGGAAACUGCCAGUGCUAGUCAAAUGACCAGUAAAAAAGACAGUCGAAUGGAGGGUAAAGGUGGGGUCAAUAGAACACAGGAUAUCCGAAUAGAGAACUUUGACGUGGCGUAUGGCGACCGAGUCCUACUGCAGGGUGCUGAUCUAACGCUUGCAUUUGGCAGGCGAUAUGGUCUUGUUGGUAGGAAUGGUCUCGGAAAAACAACUCUGCUUAGAAUGAUAUCCAGCAAACAGUUACGGAUUCCUACACAUGUACGAGUUCUUCAUGUAGAGCAAGAGGUCGCGAGUGACGAUACGUCAGCGCUACAUUCCGUGUUAGAAUGUGACCAUGAGCGCAGUGAGCUGCUUAGCCGCGAAGCUGACCUCCAGUCAGCUCUGGAUCAGGGGGGAGGAGAUUCUAUUGGUGAAGAAUUGGCGCGCGUUUAUGAAGCUAUGAGGUUAGCAGAAGUAGAUAAGGCUCCUGCGAAGGCAAGCGCCAUUCUUUCGGGUCUCGGUUUCUCUGUUGAGAGGCAGGCAUGGCCCACUAAAUCUUUUUCUGGUGGAUGGCGCAUGCGCUUGGCCUUGGCUAGGGCUCUAUUCUCAAGACCCGAUCUUCUGCUCCUCGACGAACCCACCAACAUGCUUGACAUAAAAGCCAUUCUCUGGCUUGAGAAGUAUUUGCAAUCCUGGCCCACAACUCUUUUGGUCGUUUCUCACGACCGAAAUUUUUUGGACACAGUACCGACAGAUAUCCUGUAUCUUAAAGCACAAAAAAUUGAAGCUUAUAGAGGAAAUUAUGAUCAAUUUGCAAGGACAAAAGGUGAACGAGAGCGAAAUCAACAGAGAGAAUUUGAGGCACAACAAGCUAAAAGAGCCCAUGUACAAGAAUUCAUUGAUCGUUUUCGUUAUAAUGCCAAUCGUGCAUCCAGUGUUCAAAGCAAGAUCAAGAUGCUGGAGAAGUUACCUGAGUUGAAACCAAUGGAGAAAGAGGGAGAAGUUACGCUUCGUUUCCCAGAAGUGGAGGCCCUUAGUCCUCCAAUUCUCCAGUUGAACGAAGUUUCGUUCCGAUACGACAGCAGCGGAAGCAAUGCCGAUUUCUUAUUCACUGGUGUAAAUCUCACAGCCACUUUGCAGUCGCGCAUCUGUAUAGUGGGAGAAAACGGAGCAGGAAAGACGACGCUUCUCAAAAUAAUUACAGGGAAAUUAAGCCCGACACGUGGCACAGUACAUCUUCAUAGAAACUUGAAAUUUGGAUAUUUCAGUCAACAUCACGUGGACCAACUAGAUAUGCGUGUCUGUCCUGUCGAACUACUACAAAAUCACUUCCCAGGGAAACCAAUGGAAGAAUAUAGACGAAUGUUGGGCAGUUUUGGAGUCAGUGGAGACUUGGCAUUGCAAACGAUAAACUCACUGUCCGGAGGUCAGAAAUCAAGAGUGGCUCUGGCUCUGAUGUGCGCAGCAAUGCCGAAUUUCUUGGUACUUGACGAGCCCACAAAUCAUUUGGAUAUUGAGUCUAUCGAAGCUCUUGGGAAAGCACUUGAGGUUUAUCAAGGUGGCGUUAUAUUGGUAUCGCAUGACGAACGUCUUAUCCGUAUGGUAUGCCACGAGCUAUGGGUGUGCGGUGAUGGUGGUGUGCGAUGCAUUGAAGGUGGCUUCGAUGAAUACCGCAGAAUUAUAGAAAAAGAACUUGAGGCACAAAAGUCGUGAUUGGUUGACCAUUUUUACGACUAAUCACUCGUGCCAACCAAAAACCAACGCACUUUUCAAUCUUCGAUUCCGUGAUUAAUCUUUCUCAUUGGUUGUUGAAGUUAUUUUUCAUUGGUGAUAAAAUGAACAGAAUUACAGACAACAGUUCUGCAUAGAACCUGUGUAAAAAGCAACACUUGAUUAUGAAAAUUCCCUAAAUGAAUUCGA